UACCAAGUGGCUGCAUAGCAAUGCAACAAAGCUGACGACUGGGCUGCAGCACACACACACACACACACACACACAUGCACACCACACCUGGCCAGUAGCUAACAUGGACGCUGCUUAUAAGAAAAUCAACGGAAACUACACUCAGGAUGUGGAUGCAGACAACCAGGAGACCAGGACGUGGAGGCGGGGCUCCAUGUACCUGGAGGAGGAGACCAACAAGAAGUCUGAAGUGAUCACCUGCAUUUUCUCCCUGAAGGAGGAGGUGGGAGCUUUGGCCAAAGCGCUGCGACUCUUUGAGGAGAAGGGCAUCAAUCUCAUGCACAUCGAGUCGCGUCCCUCACGCAUCAGCAAGGAGCAGUACGAGUUCUUCAUCAGCGUGGACCCCGCCUACUCCCAGGCCUUGGACGAGGUCAUCGACUGCCUGCGGACGCAGAUCAGCGGCCACGUGCACGAGCUGUCACGCAACAAACAGAAGGACACCGUGCCCUGGUUUCCCAACGACAUCCAGGACUUGGACCGCUUCGCCAACCAGAUCCUCAGUUACGGCUCGGAGCUGGAAUCGGAUCACCCAGGCUUCACAGACCCGGUGUACCGUGCCCGCAGAAAGGAGUUUGCUGACAUCGCCUUCAACUACAGACACGGCCACCCCAUACCACAAGUGGAGUACACAGAGGAGGAGAGGGCCACCUGGGGCACCGUGUUCAAGGAGCUAAAGACCUUGUACCCGACUCACGCCUGCCGGGAGCACAACCGAGUCUUCCCCCUGCUAGAAAAGUACUGCGGCUACAGGCAGGACAACAUCCCGCAGCUGGAGGACGUAUCCCGCUUCUUGCAGUCCUGUAGUGGUUUCCGACUUCGCCCAGUGGCCGGCCUGCUUUCCUCCCGGGAUUUCCUAGCCGGACUCGCUUUCCGUGUCUUCCAUUCCACGCAGUACAUCCGCCACGGCUCCAAGCCUACGUACACCCCUGAGCCGGAUAUCUGUCAUGAACUCCUGGGACAUGUCCCUCUUUUUGCAGAUCCAGGUUUUGCCCAGUUCUCACAAGAGAUUGGUCUGGCUUCCCUCGGCGCCCCUGACGAGUACAUUGAGAAACUUGCCACGGUCUACUGGUUCACUGUGGAGUUUGGUCUGUGCAAACAGGGCUCUGAGACCAGAGCUUUUGGAGCAGGCUUGUUGUCCUCGUUUGGAGAGCUGCAGUACUGCCUGACUGACAAACCCAAACUGCUGCUCUUUGACCCGGAGAAGACCAGCCUCCAAAAGUACCCAAUCACAGAGUUCCAGCCCAUCUACUUUGUGGCCGAGAGCUUUGAUGAUGCCAAAGAGAAAGUCAGGAAGUUUGCCGGCACCAUUCCGCGGCCGUUCUCGGUGCGCUACAACCCUUACACUCAGAGCGUGGAGGUGCUGGACAACACCCAGCAGCUCAGGAACUUGGCCGACAGCAUCAACAGUGAAAUGGGGAAAUUGUGCGAAGCCAUGCGGAAACUGGAGUGACUUCACCAUGGCUCCCGAGCGGCCUGAAGCUUGUUAUACUUGCAUGUCAGCUGAAGAAUAUUCUCUUUGUGAAUCAUCUAUAUCAGGGGUGUCAAACUUCUUUUCACUGAGGGCCACAUUGCGGUUACGGCUGCUCUCCAAGGGCCGCUUGCUACAGUGAAUAUAUUUCACUAUAUAUCAAUCAAUCAAUCAAAGUUUAUUUAUACAACCCUAAAUCACAAGUGUCUCAAAGGGCUGCACAAGCCACAACGGUAAUCCAUGCAUGAAUUUUGUUAUUGUAUAAUCCAGUGACGUGCGGUGAGGUUGAUGGCUGGUGAGGCACUGACUUCAUCACAGUCACAUUUACAAACAUACGAACCCUAAAGAGUAUCUUAUUCACCAUUUGAUUGGCAGCAGUUAACGGGUUAUGUUUAAAAGCUCAUACCAGCAUUCUUCCCUGCUUGGCACUCAGCAUCAAGGCUUGGAAUUGGGGGUUAAAUCACCAAAAAUGAUUCCC